CUGGCCCGGUUCCUCUGACCCGGUUCCUCUGACCCGGUUCCUCUGACCCGGUUCCUCUGACCCGGUUUCUUUAAGUUACACACUCUGAAAUGAACGGGAACCAUCUGAGUUGUUCAUAUUUCAACAAGUUUAUUUAUGUUUUCCUCAAUAAAAACAGAAUAAUCAUCACCCCUAGAUACAUGUUAAUCCAUCUGGAAAGAGCUUAAACUGGAACCAGUUCAGACUGGGAGGACCUGGACUUCAGUCCACUGGUUUGAACUGGUCCCAGUGGAAAUCUAAGAAUUAAAUUUUUUGCAUUAAACACAAAAAAUUCAAUAUAGGAAACAAAUAAAUCCUAAUAGGACAUAUUUUGUGUUAACCGCAGUUUGUUUAAUUUGAUGGUGUUGGUCUCCCAGCAGCAGGAAGUUCUGGUUCCCAGUGCUAACUGGGAGCCUAACUGGUCUGGUGUUCCUCCUCAUGUUGUGAUAUUUUUACGUUGGUGUUCCAGAGUAAAAAUAGACGCUGCAGAUGUCGUUCCAGCUAAAAGCAGCCAGAUCCCAUCCAGUCGUCUUCAGUUACCCAGAAGUAUUCUCACCCGGCCGGUUCUUCUCUCCAGACGCUUCUGGACGGUUUUGGGUCUCAGCGUCUCGUCCUGCCAGAACCGUCCUGGAUGAAACGGUUUGGCUCUGCAGGGUGUGAAUACUUCUGGUUCUGUGAAUCACCAGAUGAGAAAUGCGAUCCAGGAGCUGCAGCACCGCAGGCCCAGAGGAUGGCCGCAUCCAGACGCACGGCAAGGCCUUCACCGAGCAGCAACAGGUGGAGGAGGGGGAGAAAGAAGCACCAGAGGUGAUGAAGAGGAGGAAGAAAAUCCAAAAACAGGAGAAAGACGGCCGAAGGGCCUCGACGCAGUCAGGAGACAAAACUGCAAAAUGUCCAGAGAGCGGCAGGACGAAUCCUCCGGACCCGACCAGAACCGAGCUGCUGCAGCUGCUGGGGAUCAUGGAGGGGGAGCUGCAGGCCCGGGAUGACGUCAUCAGGCUGCUGCGGUCCGACAGAACCGGACCGGAGACCCUGGAGGCCCACUACGGCUCUGCUGCCCCCUGCAGGCCGCUGCAGGCGCUGCAGAGGGACGCGGCGCUUCUCCAUGGCAACCAGCGCACAGAGGACGUGUACGAGAGGCCGAUGGCUGAGCUGGACCGUCUGGAGGACAAGCAGAAGGAAACGUACCGGCGGAUGCUGGAGCAGCUGCUGCUGGCGGAGAAAUGCCACCGCCGCACCGUCAUGGAGCUGGACGGCGAGAAGCGGAAACACGCCGACUUCAUCAACAAGAGCGACGACUUCACCAACCUGCUGGAGCAGGAGAGGGAGAGACUGAAGCGGCUGCUGGAGCAGGAGAAGGUCCUGCAGGCCCGGCGGGACCAGGAGCACCGCAGGAGGCUGCAGGAGCUGCAGGACGAACUGGGGAAGCUCAAGUCCUUCACUCUGCUGCUGGCGGACGAGCGGCAGCUGCACGUCGAACACAUCGACCAGCAGAACCAGAAGAUCCAGGACCUCAGCCAGAAGCUGCGGGACCGGGAGCAGCGGCUGGCCGCGUCCAGCGCCGCCGCCCUGCAGGACGGGCAGAAGGCGCUGCGCCUGGAGGCGGAGCUGGAGGCCCAACAGGCAAAGUUCAGGCAGGAGCACCAACACCUGCUGGACAAGAUAGCCGACCAGGAGUCCCAGAACCAGCAGCUGAGGCUGAAGCUGGACGGGCUGGCGCAGAGGGCCGGGGAGCUGCAGGAGAGGAACGUCCUGCUGCAGAAAUCAGAGGAGGACCUGCAGCAGCUGAGGGAGAAGAUCAGCAGCGGAGAGCGCGGGAACUCCUCGCUCACCGCAGAGCUGGAGAACCUGAGGAAGAAAGUCCUAGAGAUGGAGGGCAAAGACGAGGAGAUCACCAAGACCGAGACGCUGAGCAGGGAGCUGAGGAACCGGCUGCAGGACCAGCAGAACCGCAACCAGGAGCUGCGGCUGCAGGUGGACGGCCUUCAGAAGAGGAUGGCGGAGCUGGAGAGGCUGGAGGCGGCGUUCGGCAGGAGCCGGACCGAGAGCGCCCAGCUGCACCAAAACCUGGAGAAGGAGAGGAAGGUGGUGAAGGACCUGGGAACAGACCUGGAACGGCUUCGGACUCGGCUGAAGGAGCUGGAGUCGUCCGAGUCCAAGCUGGAGACAAACGAGUCGGCCCUCAGAGAGGAACUGCUGAAGCUGAAGUCCUUCACCGUCAUCCUGGCGGACGAGAGGAAGACGAUGGGGGAGCGGCUGAAGCAGGAGGAACAGAAACAUGAAGACUUGAGUACGAUGCUGAAGGCAGAGCAAGGGAAGGUCACAGAAGUUACCGAGAAGCUGAUAGAGGAGAGCAAGAAGUUCCUCAAGUUCAAGUCAGAGACAGAAGUCCAGCUGGAAGGUCUGACUCUGGAGAGGGAGGAGCUUCAAUCGACACUGAGGAACAGCAAGGAAGAGCGUGAUGAGCUGAACGAGAAGCUGAAGAAGAUGAGAGCAGACAGACUGGAGGAGAUGGCCAACAGAGACCGAGAAGAAGACAACCGAGUCCAGAAGCUCACCACAGAGAUAGAGAGGCUUAGAGGCCGGCUGGAGCAGCUGCAGGUGGUGGAGGGAGACCUGAUGAGGUCAGAGGACGAAUACGACCUGCUGGAGAAGAAGUUCAGACACGAGCAGGACCGAGCAAACACGCUGUCCAAGCUGGUGGACGAGAUGAAGGCUCAGGUGCCCAGGAGCAAAGCAGUGGAGCGAGGUGAGGCCAAGAGUCUGGAGGCCCAGCUGAGGAUUCGCUGCAAGGUGGAGGAAGCCAAGACCAGAGAGCUGCGGGUCGAAGUCCUAGCCCUCAAAGAGAAAAUCCACGAACUCAUGAACAAGGAGGACCAGCUCUCCCAGCUGCAGGUGGACUUCUCUGUCCUCCAGCAGAGGUUCCUGGAAGAAGAAGAGAAGAAGAGGCGCCUGAGUGUGGAUGUGGAGAACCUCGCCAGGGAGCUGGAGGCAUCAAAGCGCUACAGCCGAGCCCUGAGGCCCGGUGUGAACGGCAGGAGGAUGGUGGACGUCCCUGUCACCUCCACGGCGGUCCAGACGGAGUCAAACGGGUCGGCCGAGGAUGAGACCGCAGCCGGAUUCAUCCGGAAAUCCGUUCAGGAGGAGAACCACCUCAUGAACAACCUCAGACAACACGGCCUGAAGAGGCCCACGGUUCUGAAUCGAUACCCUCCGGCGUCAGCAGACCAUGGAUUGAAAUGCUCAACGCCCUGGAUGGGCAAGAAGGAGGCCGUCACUCCGACUCAGACCAGAGGUUCUUCAGCAAUGUCCCCAAAUCUGGGACGACCUCUUCACAUCCGUGUGACACCAGACCACGGGACGAGCACGGCCACCCUGGAGAUCACCAGCCCGCGGUCUGAGGACUUCUUCUCCACAACAACCAUCAUCCCAACGCUUGGUCUUCAGCAGCCUCGCAUCACCAUAGUCCCCAAACCCUCAACUGUCUGUACUGUAAGCGGAGAUCCUGAUCGGGCCAAGUCUCCAGUUAUGGUCACCAGCAUCUCCAGGACCAAGAGUCCAGAGAAGCCCAACAGCAUCGCUGGGGUCCUGCAGUCGCCGGUGUCCAUCAUCACAGUCAGCACCACCCCGGUAGCCGAGGUGUGUGCUUCAUCCGACCCUCACGAGAGCACCACCAGGCGGGCGCUGAUCAAGAUGACCUCUGAGAAACCACCAGAGAGGAAGUUCAACAGCAACAUCGUAACAACAGAGGACAACAAGAUCCACAUCCACCUGGGCUCCCAGUUCCAGAGAAGCUCUGAGGGCAGCAGCAGUCCUCUGCUGACCCUCAGACCAACAGGAAGUACCUGCGACUGUCAGGAAACUGGAACGGUGCUCCGCUCUCCACGCCAGAACAAGAUGACCAGCAGUAUAACCAUCAACCCUGUGACCUCUGCAGCGUCCAGACCCACGCAGCCUCCGCUCAGUUCAGAUAUGCAGUCGGCUCCAAGCGCAGCCUCACGGAUCCCUGUGCAGCUCAACGGGAAGACGGUUGUGGGUGUGUCCGCCGUGACGAGGUUGGAGUCUCGGGCCGAAGGCCAGGCGAUGAAGAUCGAGCUGAGAAAGUCGACGGUGUGCAGCUCGGCGUCUGCAGCAGGUGGAAAGAGCUGAGAAUCUGAUGAGGCUCCGGCCCCCGGCCCCCGGCCUCCUCAUCGGUCACUUGUUUGGUUUGCUGCUCUGAAUGGACGCAGAUCCCAGCCUGGUUCUGUUGGGUUCUGUUUGCACCGUCGCCAUGCUGCUGUCACUGUUCCUGUUUGAUGCCACGCAGGCUUCACUGCUGCUCUCGCAGGUUUGGACUUCCAGAAGCUCCGUGAAACCAUUUCUGACCAGAACCAAUAAACUGUUUAUUUAAACUUCAGUUUCUUUCUCUUGUCUCAAACCUCAUGGUGAACGACUUUAACAUGUUCACCUUUCUGAAUUUUAAAUCAAGUGGCUUUUUAAGCCAUAUGUUUCGGGUAAAUUGAAAGUAAAUAAAUGUUGCUAUUUUAUCUGACUCAAAUCGUCCAUAAAAAUAUCCUAAAACACACAUAUGUAUGUUAAGUCAUCACACACAUUAGUGCUGCAUAUUUUGUAUUUAAUUUGCCAGUUUGUUACAUUCUAUUUCAGCAAAUAUUUCUUUAGCCAAGUACAAUAUUUUGAACAGAUCAUCACUGUUUAAGUCAGUAUAAUUAUUUUUGAUGUUUUAAUUAAUUAAAAUUGUUCAUUUUUUCAUCAUUUGUUAAUUUUACUGCUUUAUGUGUCCCAUAACUGCAGCUACAUAAUUUUAUAGUUUUGAUUGACUUUAAAUCAUUUUUCUGAGUUUUAUAUUCUGUUUGUAUUUUUUCUUUAAUCUGUGGAGGAGACCUAGGGGUCACUGAAAAAGGAAUUCUGACAUUUAAGUCAGAAUUUAAUUGCAUUUUUAUUUAAAGUCCAUUUUAAAUAUUGUUUAAAUCAUUAAAA